UCUUGUUACAGGAAGAGGAAGUGCCAGAGAAAAUUGGAAAACACCAUGACAAACAGGCUAAAACCGCAAGCUAUGUCGAUGUAGUUACUGGUAAAGAUUUGGAUAUUCAUUGCGUAUGUUUGACGUGUGCUGUCAAAUCUACCGUUAGGGAGCUCGCUACUACAUUAUAAUUUUUAUUCAAUACGCCUAUCGUUCGUAGAACAAGAUCACUAGUUUAAGAGGUGAAAUCGAAAGGACUAUGCCGUAGGUAGGAAUCAUUUCUCCUCGGCUGACUUCAUUCACCCCCUUGCUAGUCGAUAGAGGAAGGACAAACUGGAAAGUAAAGUCUCGGAACGAUCAUUGAAACAACACAUUCAGACCGAUUGCGUUGUUAUCAAGUUGACGUUUAACAACAAUGGCGGAUAGUGUCGGGGAGAAAUCAAACGGUGCCAUUGGUCCAGCCGUAGGGACAAGUCAGGGCAAUGGAGCUCAGUUGUUACCGAGUUUGGGUAAUUCCCUGCCGGGGCACUCGACGAGUAGUGCUAACCCGGCCUCGCCGCCUCCCGCAGCGGCCGCCGAGACUGGCCUAGCCGUUAUAGCUCCCGGUAUACCAGAUUCCAUUAGCCCUGUGGACAGCGCGUAUGGUAGCAGCGUGGAUGUUCUGACUACAGCGAUGAACUCUGCUGUGUCUGCUCCCUUUUCCGUGGCUCCCACUCUCCCUCCGAGCAUCGGGCUGGGGGUCACUGGUGCCCCAAAUCUGGCCGGAGCAGGCCUGUUGUCGCAAAUUCACGCCACAUCUUGGGACCCUACACUCAGCACAGACUGGGACAACGAGAAAGCAUCACAACAGUGCAUUCUCAGGAUAAAAAGAGACAUAAUGUCGAUCUACAAGGAGCCACCUCCAGGGAUGUUUGUGGUGCCCGAUCCCCAUGACAUGACAAAGAUUCAUGCACUCAUCACGGGGCCGUUCGACACACCCUAUGAAGGAGGCUUCUUCCUCUUCCUGUUCCGUUGCCCCCCCGACUACCCCAUCCACCCUCCACGGGUCAAGCUCAUCACCACAGGCCACAACACAGUGCGCUUCAACCCCAACUUCUAUCGCAAUGGCAAAGUCUGCCUCAGCAUCCUCGGCACCUGGACUGGUCCUGCUUGGAGCCCUGCACAGAGCAUCUCUUCUGUGCUCAUCUCCAUCCAGUCUCUGAUGACCGAGAACCCCUACCACAACGAACCCGGCUUUGAACAGGAGCGGCACCCGGGCGACAGUAAGAACUACAAUGAGUGCAUCCGCCACGAGACCAUGCGGGUGGCCGUCUGCGACAUGCUCGAGGGCAAGGUGCCCUGCCCAGAGGCUCUGUGGAGUGUGAUGGAGAAGUCUUUCCUGGAGUAUUACGAUUUCUACGAGGGGGUCUGCAAAGACCGCUUACACCAGCAAGGACAGAACAUGCAGGACCCUUUCGGAGAGAAGCGGGGGCGCUUUGACUACCAGGGCCUGCUGGCCCGCUUGAGCGUCACCCACAGGCGGCUGCGGGAGAAGUGCCUGUCGGAGGAGAACAACGCCGACUCUGACUCGGACACCAGCUCCUCCGGCACGGACCCGGACAGCCAGGGCAGCUCCCAGCCGUAAGCGAGCCAAACGGCGGGUCGCAGCCGGUGUGGAGGGGCACGCAGUGGCUAUGAUCUUCAACGCCGCCUUUUUGACUCUUAUUUUCUUGUCUGGACGUCUCCGUGCAGGCAAAUGGCGGAAACGAUGGUUCUGUGGUUUCGGGCUUUUCGGGUUUUUGUUUGUUGAGGCGCUGAGCUGCAAAAAGACUUGUACAGACAAGUCUCCAAAUUUGGCUCCUGUCCUCGCCAUGGCCAGUGACCGCCUUUUUCUUUUCAUUCUUGUAUUGGCAUCUUGGAGAGCCAGCAACCAAUCAGGGGAUGGAUUAGACAGGGGGUGGAUGUGCAAGUGUGUGGUCUGUAACUAUGGCAACUCAGCUUUGUCGUGUUAAAGAUGAUGGUAACAUCCAAACAUCCCCUCUCCCUCCUCAAAUACAAACACACUCAAAACAUGAACACACAUUUAUGCAUUCUCGCAUUCAAAUAUGCAUUCACACGCACACAUUCAUAUAUAUACAGUGGCAUACACAUAAAUGGAUACACACAUAUUACGCAUACACACAUCUAUUUGGACUCAUUAGCUCUCUAGCCCUACUUGUUUCUUAAGUGUGUGUGUAUGUGUGUGCAUAAACACUCAUAUCUCUUCUGAAAUGAGCCACACCACUUUGAGAAGAAUAAAAUUAUGAACCAAAUCAUAAUUGCAUCAGAAAAUUCAUACUGAAUUGCAGUCCAUGGAUCUAAGAGAAAUCAAAGCAUAAUUGACAUAAGUGUGAAACUUGUACAUAAUCUAUAUAUAUUGAGCAUAGGUUGAAAAUGAUCGUUUCGAUGUCGGACUGAUGCAUCUAAUGCAAACAGAUGACGGCUGGUGCAUCUAAUGCCAACGCAGGACAACCAGCGUGCCCACCUCACUGGCGCCAGACCUCCUUUCCAGCAUGGCUUGUGGGUCUCAGUCUUGUAGUACUUAACCAGGGUUGGUCCCUCUCUGUGAUUUCCACACACUACAAAGAUGCUUUGGGUCGCUGCAGCACAGAACAGCAGAUGGAUUCUGGGUUGUGAGAGCUUAAGGGUGGCUGAGAGGCUUCCCCUCAGAGGAGAACCUUUAAAAGAAAAAUAAAUGCCAGGCAUGUGCUUGGGAGACAGAUUUUUUGCUUUUGUCCCGAGAACGCACACAAACCUCUCAGGCCUUUUCAUUUUUCUGUCUGAUGCCAAGGAUUCAAAUCUAAGUGGCACCCGCAGACAAACAAGAAAAAGAAAGGAAACACAAAAACAAAACAGCCUUGUGAGAACCUAGCUUUUUUGGGGGGGGGGGUACAUUUUUUCAUUUUGGUCUGGUCCUCUCUAUGUUGACUUUUGUGUUUGCCGAACACCUUUCAGCUCCAUCACUACAGCAAAGUCAGGUUGCCAUGGAAACUGAAUGUGGUGAGCGCAAGCUGGCGCCAAAACACUGGCAUCUGUGAAAGCUGUGAGGUGUGAAAGGCUCCCCUUCCAUUCGGACCUUUUAUUUCAAAUCUGCAGAUACCAUCAGUCUUUCCUCUGGUCUGGCGAUUUGAGAGGUAGACUAGUUGGUUCUUUUUGUUUGUUUGUGUCUUCCUGUUGACAGCCUUUUUGUUUGACCAGAGCUCAAAGUCUCCAUUUUGAAAAGGCCGUCAUUGCAGACAAAUAGGCAGAAAAAAAAAAGAAUAUUGUCUUUGGUUGUUGUAAUUCAGUGGGAUACAUUUUGUCAUCCAGUGACACUUGACAUCAUUAUCUAGGUAGCACCUGCCUGUGGAACAGAUAUGGCCCUGAUAUAGGCUGUGUUUGUUCCUGAGCUACGGUCCUAGCAAUGGUAUUGGAGACAUCAAGGCUGCAAGAUGGACAGAUACUAAAAAAGCAUAUUUCGCAAGCAGCCCUUUGUCUCCAUAGUGUUUUUUGUGAUGAAAAUAAAGAGUGCAGAGGAUUCAGGGACAGGUUUUUUUAUUUUUUAUUAUGCCAGCAGUUGCUUUGGUGUCUUCUAUUUUCUUUAGGAUCCCUGUCCUAUCCGCAUUUCAAAAUAUAUAGGUUCCUCUGGUGUACAUGUCUCGGUCUGUGAGACGUGAUAAACUCCACUGGUUGUGUUGUUGUUGUUGACCAGCAGGUAGACACCAAGCAAAACAUUAAAUGCACAUAAACCCAUAUACCACUGCUUUGUUGGGACCCAGGUCCAUGCUUUCCCAGAGUAGUCAGGUGCGACAUGCACACGACCACCAGCCUCGGUAUGCAGCCAACCCCCCCCCCCCCCCCUCCCCCCCUCCCCCCAUCACCACCACGACUUCCAGACAACAGGGCUUAUUGUUGUGAAGUGAGUCUGUGCAUCAUCUUCCCUGUUAUGGUCGUGAAAACUACAUGUAAAGUGAUUUUGUCUCUGAAAAGAACUGAUGAAUGAGACCGGAGAAUCCUCCUUCACAUUCUUUAACCUGUUCCCUGUUUGUGAUGUCAUCACAUUCUGUUUUUUUUUUUUUUGAAUUGUGUAAAUAAUAUACCAGUAAAUGUAUCAAUCUAUUGCAAAUGUAUAAAAAGAAUAAAUAACAUAAAUCCUGA